AUGAUGAAGAUUCGUACGGUGCUCGUGAAUCUUCACGUUACGAUUCCGAUGAUGAAUUUCGCGCUGCCCGCGAAUUUGGUAAAUAUGGCAGACAAUCACAAAGCGACAAUGCAAAUCAAAGAGUGGAAGUUGAGAAGAAGACCCGAGAAGAUGAUCCAGGAUACUGAACUCGGAAAGAAAACGAUUGUUCAAACAAAUUAUAUUCGCGUCCACCCGUCAUUUGAACCGAUUGUACUCAAUGUCUACAAAGUCGUAGUUGUUCGUUUUGAGAAAAAUGAGACCAAGACUUUGACAAUAACUAACGAGAUAGCUUCAAUGUUCUGGAAAUGUGUCGAACAGAAUGCAAACGUUUUUCCGCCGUAUGAGAACAUGAUUUUCAACGACAAAGAUUUGUUAUGGUCAAAAACGCAAAUACAAGAAAAGGACUAUGAAACUCAAUGUAAUAUAUACGAUGAAAAGUAUAUGAAAAUUGGAGCUGUGACUUUGUCUUUUGUUGGCAUUGCAAACUAUUCCAGUGAUUGGCAAAUGCAAGAUGAAGAGCAUGAGAUGGCGCAAUUAAUUGAUCUCAUUGUUACUGCCAGAAAUCGUUGUCAUCUAACGAAGGAUUCUUCAUACUUCUACAACCAAGAUAAAAAUACAUAUCUGAUCGAUGGAAAUCACACAGCAAACAUUUUCUCUAUUCCGAUGGUCUUUUAUGUUGGAGGUGGCGUUGAAGCAUCGAGAGGAAUGCAUUUUUCGGCAAAGCCCAAUCUUCGUGGUGGAACCUUGGCCAAUGUUGAUCGAAGACAAUUAAAGCUUACUUAUGAGAACCAUCCCUUUACGUUUGGAGAACUCACUGAUUCGCCAGCCAAUCGAACAUUCAUUACUGUAGGCGAUAACAGACGCAUUUCUGUCGCAGAACUGUUUGAGUCGGACGGAAAUCCGGUGAAAUAUCCGAAUCUACCAUGCAUUUUUCCGGCUAGUUCGAAUAAUGAUAAUAAACUCGCCUAUCCAAUUGAAUAUGUCACAACGUCAGCGAGGAUUGCAAAGUUCAAAGAGCCGUUAACCGACCGCCAGGAGGCGUGUUUCACUCAAAAUUCGAUGUUACCUCCACAUAUGCGUUUGGCUCUUCUAGAGGAAAUGAUUGACCCUGAACACGCAUACGAAAAAACCAAAGAAAAAGAGACAAAAUCUUCUAAAAAACAACAAAUUGUUAUGGAAAUGAAGAAAAAAAUUUUGGCUCAAAUCGAGAUGACGAACGAAUCCGCAGUUAACGACGAAAGUCGCGCAGAGCAACCUUCCACGGAUAAUGAAGGACCAUCUACAGCAAUUGUAAAAUCUUCUUCGAAUUGUUGGGAAUCAAUUAGUGAAGCUGAGAGACGCGACAAUUUGGACACAUCUAGGAGUGUUGAAGGACCAUCUACGUUGUCCGAGAGAUCAUCAACGAUUAUUAAACAACAUUCACCGGACUUUGAGGGUCCGUCUACGAGCGCGAUCAGAUAUUUACAAGACAGCGACGGUCCAUCAACCAGCACCGCGUUGCCAUAUCCUGACACUGAUAAUUAUGAUGAGAUUGAUAUGGAUAUUGACGAAGAUGAACCAACUGAUAUUUGUCUUUCGCGGCCAGCUGAACUCUCAGACCAAUCCAGAGAAAGUUUUCCGAGGUUCAUUGACAACAAAGAUCAAUGGAUGACGAAUUUCUCUACUGCAAUAGAGAAGAAAUUUCUAACUGUCAGAGCAACAAUCCUUCCGGUCCCGACGUUGAUAUUCGGAAAUAGUAGUUUUUAUGACGACUGUAAUCGUGGAGGAUGGGGUACCGGUCUUGAGCAGAGUGUUCGUAAAAUCAAAGUGGUUGCAACUCAAGAGGAAAAAACGAAGAUGCUUGUCCCAGGAAUUCUAGUAUUUCAUGAUCCAAACUCAACGACACACAUUGUGGAUGAUCAAGAUAUAAACAGGGCGCCAGCAAAACUGCUUCUCAAUACAAUCAAUGAGUAUGGACAACCAGUGUAUUAUAAGAACGGAGAGCCUCAAUUCAUUUGUGCAACUCAAAAGAUUUCCGAACUUGAGCAGUUUUUAAAAGAAUUCCGCGAAAAAGCUGUUGAGAUUACAACUGAGAAUGAAGUUGGUGUGCCGUUCCUACUCUGCAUCUUCACAUACCAUGGAAAAACUUACAAAUCACCGCGCGAUAAAUUUGCUCCCGACUAUGCAAUUUUAAAAUCGCUGUGCGAUUGCGAAAUUGGGAUCUACAACCAGAGAAUUUUCUACGAAAAAUAUGAAAAACUUGCCAAUGAGUUUCAAAAAAGAGCUCUGAAUAAUUUGGCACUUAUAAUAUUGGCAAAAAUUGGAGCCGUUCCGUUUAUUUUGGAACGCGGUGGAAGCCAUGAAAAUUGGGCAAAGCUGACAGAUCCAACGUCUCCGACUAUGGUAGUCGGAAUAGGUAUGAGCCAUCCUUCAGCGGUAGAGUGUCGAAAUCCGCAGUCGCUAGAUUCUCUAUCGGUUGCUACGAUAGUUUCAAAUAUUGAUGUCGAGAUAUCCCAGUUCCGGGACACAUCUCGAGUUCAGUUAUCUGGCGAGAGAACGAUUGCUGACAUGACUAAGGAGUUUAAGAUUCGAAUUAAUGAAUUCGUGAAACACUCGAUUGUUCUAAUGUCUCAUAUCGUAAUCUAUCGAGAAGGAGUUUCGGAAAAUCAGUUCUCGGAGGUCCUUGAAAAAGAAAAACCAGGAACAUUGGUUGAAGAUGUGAUCACUUCGAGCAAGUACUUUGACUUUUUCUUGAUCUCCCAGAUGGGAACACUGGAAACUUCGAAGCCUGUGCAUUAUUACGUGCUCUAUGAUGAUUGGAAGCCAAGUCAUUCGUUUUGGCAGACUAUCACACAUGCACUUUCCUACAAUUUCAUCAGUUGUACGAAUGCCAUCUCACUACCAGCUCCAUUGAUGUACGCUAAUAUUGCCGCUGAAAAAGCGAGAUGCCGAUCACUCGGAGGCAGAAUCAUUAAUCAAAGAGAUAACGUGAACUCGUUCAACAUUACAUGGUCUACUUCAAAAACCGACAAACAUGACUCCAUCGAUGGAAUGAUUUUCUUAUAA